AGCAAUUCUGUAGAACACUUUGCGUAACGCAGUUAAAAUGGCAAACGAUCCUAAAGAUAAAGUAAUCGUGAUAACGGGAGGAGCGAGGGGCAUAGGAUACGAGAUUGCUGACCAGUUUCUGACAAACGGUGCAAAAACUGUUAUCAUAUUGGAUCUAAUCGAUGCAGUUGGUGUCAAAUCAGCCUUUACACUAAACGCUAAACACGGUAAAGGCAAAGCUGUCUUCAUAAAAUGUGACAUCACGAGAGAUUUAGACAAAGUUUCCAGUGAAAUAUUCCAGAAAUACGACGUAGAUGUGCUUAUUAACAAUGCAGGAAUUAUAGAUGAGUUUUCAAUAAGGAAGACAAUUGAAAUUGAUUGCAUUGCAUUAGUGGAAUGGAGUAUGAAAUUCUGGGAGCAUUGGAGAACGGACAGAGGCGGUCGCGGAGGCACAAUAUACAAUGUGGCCUCAAUAUAUUCAUACGAAUAUGAUCCAUUCACAGUAUUCUACAAAACUGCAAAGCAUGCAGUUAUGGGUUUCACAAGAUCUCUUGGCCAUCCCUUCAACUACGAAAAGACGGGUGUCAGAGUUAUUGCCAUAUGUCCAGGUUUUACUGACACAGUAAUGCUUAAUGUUAAAAUAUGGGAUAUACACAGAGAAGCAUCCGAUCAAAACGUAUCAGAAAUGAAAGUGCAAACACCAGAGACUGUUGGUAAAGCUGCCGUGGAGAUCUUCAAGGUCGCAAAGACAGGAGAUGCGUGGGUCGCAGCUAACGAUGAACCUAUUCAUUUGGCUCCAAUGUGUUAGAUAAUUGAAAGGAAAUAUUUUUAGUUAAUUCAUUAGUUUAAGAUUUUCGUAUAUUAUGUAUAAUAUAAAUAAAUAA